UGGAGAGUCGAAUUGUGAAACGGUUAUUUUUCAUCUACCUCUCAAUGAACGAUGAGCAGUGCGUUUGAGGACAGCAAUGGCAACCGUCGCCGCAAACCGUCCGUCACGUACACUCGAGAGGAUUUGAAGCGGGCCAUCAAUUUGAUCGUGGAGCGCGACGUUUCGAUCCGCCGUGCAGCGUUCGUGUGCAACGUGCCCAGAACCACACUCUCGACCUACCUGCGCUCGAUCAAGCAGGGCAAAGUCAGUAAACUGCACCCGCAGGAAGAGCAGGCCCUGUUCCUGUGGAUGACGGACUGCUGCAAGCGUGGGUUUGCGAUCAAAAAGCGUAACAUUGCCACGGCGGCCGAGGCGCUGCUCCAGCAAAGUGCCCCCAUCCGUACGCACCCGUUCCAGGACAGUGAGUUUGGGCGUCGGUGUUAUCAGCGGUUUGUCAAACGGUGGCUCUCGGUUGACCCGGUGACGGAUCGAAAGUACUUCGGUAGCACCAUGCCCGACUGGUUUCUGCACAUCGAAGCGUAUCUGAAGGAGGCGAACCUGUUCGAUAUCCUGAAGCACCCGAAGCGGGUGUUCCUUUGCGAUGAGCUGCGGUUCCGCGAGCACGUAGAAAUGGCCGAGAGCGUGAGGGGAGUGCUGAAGAAAAUGACGAUGCUGUACACGUUUACGGCGGCCGGUGAUCACCUGUCCCCGUUGGUGGUCUACCCGUACCUGCGGGACAUUCCGCAGGACAUAGUGCAAGCGGCCCCGAAAAACUGUGCCAUUGUCGCGCACGAGCACGGUCAGGUGACGCCGAAAACGUUUGCCGCGUACCUGGACAAAGUGGUGGACAAGUUUGUGUCUGUGAACGGUAUCGCCAAGCCGGUGAUUGUGUUCGUAGACGAGCAGCAGGUGGACCUGACCCUACACCUACACAACACCUGCAAGCGGCUCGGUAUCGUGCUGCUGGGCAUCAACCCGGCGCAGGUGGUCAAGCCAACGGCGAACGCUUACAACGAUAUUUGCGCCGGCUGGGAACAAGAGUUACCCCGCUGGGAGACAGAAACGGGGCGCAAGUUCACGUUGGCCGAUUGCGCCGGACUGAUGCAAACAAUUAACCAGCGCUACAUCAAGCCGGAAGUGCUGAUCAAGGACUUUAGCGCCAGCAACUUGUGUCCGUGGAAUCGACCGGCUCGCGAUGACACGAAUGGAACGACGGUUUCCACCGGUGGCAAUGCGUUUCUGGGUGACCAGGACCAGCUGGACGAUGACGACGACGACGAUGAUGAUGAUGAGAUGGAAAUGGAAAUUGAACGUUUCCUUGAAAACGUAGACGGCUGGUCGGACGGGGAUGGCGAGGACGAUGAUGGCGAAGAGGGUGACAUAGAUUUGGAUGAUAACGAUUUUGUCGACGGCGAGGACGAUGACUACGGGCGUGAGGAUGGGGAUGAAGGAAAAGGUCUUGGCGGUGCUCCGGUUAGUGUACAGCCGAAGGUCGCAAAAUUGUCCGAAACGAAUAGCGAAAAAGUGGCACCACCGACGGCAGUGGCCAGCACGAGCGCUGCAGCAGCAGCGGAAGUCGAAACUAAUCAAACCAAAGAGCAGGAGACCGCGGAAAGUACGGUGAAGAUCGGAUCGGACAGCGGGCCGAAUGCGAACGGAACGAGCACUAGCGGCGACGGUCCAGCGAGCUCCUCACAACAUGGUUCCAAUACGGACGACGAGGCGGACGGGCCACCGGACGACAUCGACAUCAGUAUUAACUUUAUCGACUUUAAGCGUGCCAUCGGCAGUGAGCUGACCGAGCGGUUCGAGCGCAAACUCGAAAUCGAGAACCGCCUAGAGCUGGCCAACCAUGCCGAGAACGUGCUGUACGAUAUCUAUCGCCAGUUCCGGUGCGAUAUUGUCACCGAAAGCGAGGACGAUUUCGAUAUCGUCGAAAUCGGUGACGAUUGAUGCGGUUCCACUUCGCAAAGCGGCACGAAGCGACUUGAACAGACUAUUAUUUCCUGUAGCGUGUUGCCCUUUUAGUGCCAUUUAGUGAUGGCUCUCAUGGGCAGUCUGAAAAA